GCGUCGCGAGUUGACGCGUGCUAGCGGAUUUUUUCGUCUUGCGUUUUGCGCGUGACGGAUCUAUUGAUCGCCCAAAAUCCUUACGUGAUUGAUCUUUUAUUCCGGGUGAUCACUGUGUCGGCGUUGCUUGCUACUGCAAGUGUCACUAAACCGGCUUAGGUCUUGAAAUCGGCUCCAUUGGCGACGCGGGUGAUUUACUAAAUCACAUUUUCCCUUCUGCAGAGACCACCAGCUGCCCGGAUCAGAUUGUUACGCAAAAAUCGAGAAAGUGUUCGCCGAUGAUUGGAGUUUAAAUUAGGCAGGAAUUGUUUCUGCUGGGCUGCCGUUUUUCCCCCCGGAUUUUAAAUCGACAGUCACUGACCGUCGUCGUGAGUGAGCUCCGUUUGUGGGCAUUAGCAUUCAUAAUUGGUACCGGGGUACUUACUUCGUGGCCGGGGAAUGGCAAGUGUUUAUUUACCUAUUAGUGAUCAAGUGGCGACCGAAGGUCGUGAGUGUUUGAUCAAGUGCAACUUUCGAAAAGGGAAAAAAAUCGUGAAUGAAAACCUUUCAAUCCAAACCAAAGUGAUUUAUGCAAGUGAGAAACGUUAAAACGAAAAACCUGCCUUCGGAAAGGAUCCAGUAGAGAAAAAUUAAUUUUAAUUGAGACGACAAAUUGCAAAACCUACCCGUUUUAGGUAAAACUGCACUAAUUGUGUUCGUGCUAAAGUUAAUGAUGACAGUUUUGAAAACCGCUGUCGAAACCCAUGUGAUCAUGUUGGUGAAGGUUCAAUUUAUGAAGCUGUCCGUGGUUCAGAAUUAAAUUAUCCGUUGACAAAUUGUGCUGUUUAAAGGUGGAUUUUUUUUUUGUGCCGGCUUAAGCUCUCGUCGUCGGUCAUCGAUUGUAAUGUUUCCGAGAGCAAUUUACCAGUCAAAGGAAUGCAGUCUAAGGAAUUUUAGUGAUUUCCACCACUAGACGUUGCUGUUGUUUGUGGUAAAAGUAAUAACAUUGUGGGGUAUGUCAAGUGUUUUUUCACUACGGGAAAACAGAUAAGUGUAGCUGAUCCAGGGAUGAAAAACCACACCGACGGAGCGGCGGCAACCGUUAUUAUUGAAUGUUAUCAUCGAUAAACGAGGAAGGAGGAAAAAUCAUAAACGACGACGUUGUGUCUUUUUAGUUUUUGUGUUUGAAUAAAAGUGCGGGAUAAUUUUUCUGUGAUGUGGAAAACAGUCUGAAGAAAAACGUAGUAAAAUGUGAACAUUACCUGAAACCGAACGCUUAUCGAAAAUUUAUGCGCGUGGAGUUGUGCCGGCGAAAGACGUCAGCUUCGUCAAGAUGCCGGAAUUCGACGACACGUUCCUGUUCGAGUGUGCCAAGUUCGAACGCAAAAAGUGGAAAUCGUACAACAUCAGUUUGAGGCCCAGCAGCAUCGCGGUGGCACUCAAGAGUGUGGGCAGCUUCAGCCCGACGCCGGCCUUUGACAGCAACUGUCACAACAGCAAAAACAAUAAUAAUAACAACACCGGCGACAGUUAUUCCUAUUUCGGCAACGGCAAAGACGCUGUCCAGGAAGACGACCCCCUGAAGCUGGUGGGCGGACGUUUGCUGAGACCAACUGCUGACCCCUUGGAGGACCCGGCGUCCCCGGCGAAGCGGACGCCGUCUCCAUCGCUUUUGCUGCCGCCGCCAGUCGUUCGAAGACGUGACUUGCAACAACAGCAUCGAAAUCGCUAUGCCGUUGUAAGCCACCUAUACGGAAUCGGAGGCGGGGGCGGAUCAAGUCCGCUCCGUGAAAAGUUUCUCGGCUUCAAACGGCACUCCUAUACGCCGGGCAGUGGUAGCUCGACGCCCUCGACGCCCCCGACGUCCCCCUUUUCGACGGGGUCCCCGGGGUUGCUACUGCUGGAACAGCACUACUCGACGACGUCGGAACACGACGAUUUGCCAUAUUGUGAUAACGGUUCGACAACAACCAUAUCGGUGUCAGCCGGUGGAACGCCGAGGAACAGUGCCAGCAGCACCGGGAGCAGUGGAGUCACCGAAAACGGAACCGACGGCGGCGGCGGCAAACAGACACCGGUUACGACUCCUGGUGCUCCGGGGUCUUCCGGGCACAAGGGAAGCAUCCGGGGUAACAAACUGGCCCGCCGGGCACGCUCCUUCAAGGACGACUUCCUGGAGAAGAUCUCGCAGAUUCGAACCCCGACCAAUACCAUGACCAGAUCCCAUUCGCCGAAUUCGCCGCGGGCCGGAACCGGAAGCAACCGGAACAGUGGAGAUCUGCUAACCGGAAACAGCAAACCGGUCCAGGAUCUGGCCUAUCACGUGCGGCAGGUCAAAAAUGCGCUCACCCACUUCAAGGAUGUGAUACUGAAGAACAAGCUGGAGAUGCUGCCGGGCAAUGGGACCGUGGUUCUGGAGCUGAUCGCCAAUGUCCAUACAGCUCUUCAAUCGUACACGCUGAACGAGAACAGCAGCGCCCUGAUCAACGCCACCAACCACGUGUACAUGUCCCUCGGCAACCUGCUGAAGCUCUGCGAUGAGGUCCUGCUGGCUACCGAUAACGAAAACUGUCCUUCCCUCAGCAAAGAAAACGUUAAAGAAAUCGUCGAACUGGUCGACAAUGCCGUCAACAAUCUGGUAAACCUGGCCAAUGAAAAACUCUCGGACAAAGCUGCUGGCAGCUCCAACAAUUCUUCCAACACGUUACAACGACCCACAGUGGACAUUGCCGGACAGAGAACUUCCCUGCCGGAUAUCCCUUUAACGCCCCGGGAGCGAGACAUCCUGGAACAGACAUCUCUGAAAACGGUUCGGGCCUCCCACAGCACCGAAAGCAUCCUGCGCGAUUCUAGUCCCCCGCCAAAACCUCCGUUACCGGAUCGAGGCCAAGAUCCUCCCCCGCUGCCACCGAAGCGGAAAUCACAGCACGCCAAAAACCACUCGUUCCACGAAACGGCAUCGUCGGAUUGCAACAGCGAUUCGACCACCUUUCUCGGUUGCGGAGCCCUGGACCGGAUGUCCCUGCGAUCCCGCUCCCCGGAAGAUAACUCUAGUCUGCUGAGUGCCAGCGCUGGUUCGCUGGACUCGGCCCUGAACCACUCCCGGGAGGAAGAAGAACUUCGAGCCCUGACCGCCAACCAUGAUAAAUCGACCCUCGGCGGAAACCAUUCAUCGGCUUGGGACGAAUCCGAUUGCACCGGUAACCUGUUGCUGAGUGGGAUCAGCGGAGCUGUCGUCCCAUGUGCCAUUCCGGCAGAUAUUACGGUGUUGAACAACCGCAAUUCCAACGAAUCGGGUUUCGAGUCGAUGUGCUCCCUGCGGAUAAGUCGAGAUCAUCAGAGUAGUUCCACGUACAAAUCGGCAACAUACUCCAGCAACAGUUCCAGCAGCCAACAACAACACAUCCACAAAUCCGAGUCCAUUCUGGACAGUAUGAUGGGAGGGGGAUCUGGCAAAAUCAUCUCCAUGGUCAGUGCGUCCAGUCAGCAUCAGCAAAGUCACCAACAACAGCAUCACCAAAAAAUCGACACCGUCAUUACUCAAGCCAGCGGGGACAGUGGCGACCAUGUGGUCCUCAAUACGGCAACCGUUACCAGCUCCUGUGAAGUUUCGAGCAGUAGUAGCCGAAUCCAGAAGUCGAGAUUGAUGCAGUACGGAAGCAUCGAAGCGAAUGACGAAGUUUUCGGUCUGGAGCUGGGGGGAGGUGACAAACCCCCGGCACUUCCGGUCAAAACUCGAUCCCACAGUAUUAGACGGGAGAGGCACCCCUCGCAGUACGACAACGUGGACGAGGCAGAACUGGAGAGGAGCAGCUCCCAGGAUACGUUCAACAGUUGUAUGUUGCAUCAGCAGACCGGGUACCACAGUCGGCAGCAGAUGAUCAACAACCUGCCGAGCAAACAUAUCAGCCUUAUCGAGCCGCGGCACAUGAACCAUUUUAGCGAGGAACCGCCACCCCUGCCGAUGAAGAAGAAACACAUGUUCCAAAGUGUGGCCUAUUCAGUUAUGGCGUACAUGGAGAUUUUUGGCAGCGCUACCCAGAACCAUUCGGAGUUUAUGCGACACUCGGUCCAUACCUACAAUUUGUCCCAUGGAACCGCAACCGGAGAGCAACUCCAGCAACAGCAGCAUCAACUUCAGCUUCAGCAACAACAUCACCAGCAGCAUCAAAUCUCGUCGUCGUCAAUGUCGAUCAUGGUCGGAGGAAUCAGCCAGCAGAAUAUCAGCCACAGCCAAACGAUGAGCCUUUCGCCGAGCCGCAUCCUUCCACCACCAAUCUCACCGCCCAGCUCGCCGAGCUUGAACGUGAAACCGCCGGCUUUGCCCCCGAAACGGCAACGCAUCAACAGCAAAACGCCAAGCAUCACAUCUACCCCGCCCGCUAGUCCCAAAGUAUUCGGCAGUUCCUCGGAUCAGAACACACCCUCAUCGCCGUCACCCUCCCGAUCACCCUCGCAGCAUCACAGCUCCCAUCACAACAGCUGCAGCUCACCCUCGCCCUCGUCAACCUCGAUCGGAACCCUUCUUCCGACUCCGCCACCCAAAAACCAGCAGCAACCAUCGGUCACCGGUUCGCCGGAAGCAGCACCGCCACCUCCACCUGUAGCCCGGAUCAAGGUAUCGCCCGUUGCCGCAGGAGACGAUAAGCUUCUACUAGUAGCGACCUCUCCUAACAACUCUAGUAACAACCCCUUCUCUUCUUCCUCGGCAACAUCUGCCAACUCUCCAAACUCUCCGCAUCCGCAUCACACGCAAUCUACUGCGCAGUUUAACAACUUCAAUAACAUUAACAACAACCAACCGCAGCAGCAGCAGCAACCACAAUCGAAUCAAGUCAGCAACAGUAGUAGUCAUAGUAGUAUUUUAGCUAGCAAUAAUCUCGUCGGAGUGCCGCCACUAAAACCACCAUCGGCCGAUGAAGACUAUCUUCAUCUGUGCGACACCAGCUCCCCAGCGCUGCUCAGUCAGCAACAACAACGGCAUCAUUCGCGAGUCCCAUCGGACGUGUCGUCCGGCGGUGGUCCUACGAAUCUCACUAGUUCAAGUAAUAGUAACCCUCUAGUCAACAACAACAACAACAAUAUCAACAACAACAACAAUCAGAGCAAUAACCACAAUAGUAAUAGAAGUAGUGUUAGUAGUAGUACAACAACGGUUGGUGAUCCCGGAGGCACCGGAGGAUCGGCGCGAAAGUCCACCGCCACCGAUGACGACGAGGUCGAGGUCGUGCUGAGGAGAAACAAUAAGAACGGAAUCACGCUCAUCGAGCAGCAGCAAUCGAUCCAGCUGAUGGAGGAUCUGGACGUCAGCAACCAUCUGGUCUUCAAGAAGGAGAACGAAGACGGCCCGGAUGUGAAAGGGGGCCACCCGGAUGCCCUCAUCAUCCACGCUACCAAAGUGCAGAAGAUUUCCGAUGUCACUGAUGAGUUUUUAGAAGACGCCUACGGCGAAGCAUUUAUCACCACCUUCCGGACGUUCAUCUCGCCGCUGGAGCUGAUCCAGAAGUUGACGCACCGCUACUCGAUCUUCCACUGUCAGAUGAUCGACGCCAAGCAGAAGGCAGCCAAAGAAUCCUUCUCGCUGCUCGUGCGAGUCGUGAACGAUCUGACGAGUCCGGAUCUAUCGCUGCACCUACUGGAAAUCCUGAUGAGCUUCGUCUAUCAGCUGGUUUGUGCCGGGCACCUGACGAUGGCCAAACUCUUACGGGUCAAGCUGAUCGAGAAGGCCGCUCUCUUCAAGCAGAAAUCGGCCAAAGAUCACGCCAACCAGGCGCUGUCCUGUAGGGCGAUCAUCACCUCGCCUCCCACCCUGCUGGAUCUGAAAUCGAUCGAAAUCGCCGAACAGAUGACCCUGCUGGAUGCCGAACUGUUCCACAAGAUCGAAAUACCGGAGGUACUGAUCUGGGCCCAGGAACAGAACGAAGAACGGUCCCCGAAUUUGACCACCUUCACCGAGCAUUUCAACAAAAUGUCCUACUGGGCACGAUCGCAGAUUCUACGGCAGCGCGAAGCCAAAGAUCGGGAGAAGUACGUGAUUAAGUUCAUCAAGAUCAUGAAGCACCUGCGGAAGAUGAACAACUACAACUCGUAUCUGGCCCUGCUGUCGGCAUUGGAUUCAGCUCCUAUUAGGCGACUGGAAUGGCAUCGAACGAUCACCGAGGGUUUGAAGGAAUACUGUGCACUGAUCGAUUCAAGUUCCAGCUUCCGGGCGUAUCGACAAGCGUUGGCUGAAACGAAUCCACCAUGUAUACCGUACAUCGGGCUGGUUCUACAAGAUUUGACCUUCGUGCAUAUCGGCAACCCGGAUCUUCUCUCCGAUGGGUCCAUCAAUUUCUCUAAGCGUUGGCAACAGUACCACAUCGUGGUAAACAUGAAACGCUUCAAGAAAGGCUCCUACCAAUUCAAGAAGAACGAAAAAAUCAUCGGCUUUUUCGACAACUUCGAGGACUACCUGGACGAGGACGCGAUGUGGCAAAUUUCGGAGGACAUCAAACCGCGGGGUGGUCGAAAGCCGAACCCCAACAGCAAUUAGUAUAAGUUGAACUGCCUCAAAGGCAGCGAUGAACAUGAGCAGGCGAUGUUGGAGCAGCAGCAGCAGCUUAGGCAGCCGUUGUCCGUCAGUGAGGGUUCCCAAUUGCAGGACCCAUCGAACCAGGACCAAACGGAACAGCAGCAGCAGCCGCCGCAGCCCCAACAACAGCAAAAGCGAACCCUUUCGAUCGAACGAAAACGAGGAAGCAGCUUGAGGAGAAGCACCAAAGGCAAGAAAGAUACGGCCGGGUCCGGCAAGUGAGCGAAAGGUAUCGGUUUUUAAAAUAAAUGCCAAAAAUAUGAUUUUUAUACAUGCAUAAGCUUUAGUAGUUGGUUGUUUUAGACGUUGUUUUUUGGGAUCCUCCCUUUUUGCGAGAGGAAACCCGGCGCGAGGCGAGAAAAAAGUGUUGUUUUACAAUAUUUAAUUUUUUAAAGCAAAAUAUUCGAUGUUCCCUUUUUUUUAUUUCCUAGAAGUGAAUUUAUUAUCACGUGAACCUAUUUUUUAAAAUGGAAAAACGCUUUAUCGUUUUUCAUGAAACGAAAAAUUCAAAAUGCAAUCGAUAAACACUCUAAUAAUAUUUGUAAAUAAAAUGAAAAAAAGAACAUGUCAAGUCAAAUCUAUAUAGCAUACUAUGUAGCUAAGUGUUAUGUGGUAGUAGUGAACGGUAAAAUUUAAAAAAAAAAGAAAACACAAGCAAAGAUGCCAAUAUCAAACAAUAGUGAAACACUAGAGCAAAUAUUUUACACAAUUAACUAGUGAUAGUGAAGCAAAUUCAACAAGAUAAAAAAAUCAACUCCACACAUUGUAUUUUUGCAAGUAAGGAACAUAAAAAAAACACACACACACACACACAUGUACACAGCGACAAACAAGCAAACAAAAAAUCGUAUACACGCUUACUACGUAUUCAGCAAACCAACUUGAAAUGAAUCUUAUCAAUAAAUAUUAUUUUAUUUAAUUGAAGCUUGAUUUUUCGUUUUUUUUUCUUCAUUUUUUCAGUUUUGUUGAAAAGAACGUUCCUUUUGGUUUGAGAAGUUUCUUUUUUGUUUUCGAAAUGUUUUCUUUCACUUUUUUUUGUCCAUUUUAUCAUUUUUUUUUUUCACUUUACAAGGUGCAGCUGUUCUUAUUUAAGCCUUCUGCAU